AUGGGUGAGAUGCAGAAGACUUUGCAGGGGCCACGUCACCACACAUCUCUGAAGAAGCCCUUAUGGGUUGUUUUGACUGUUUCAGUGACCAGCAUGCUUCUGAUCUGUACCCAAAUGUUCCCACGACACGGCAAGGGCUCCUCGUGUCAUGGCCGAGGCUGCGAGGAUGCUCUCUCCGCGUGGCUACCUGUUCAUGUCAGGAAAUUCACUGACGAGGAGAUAGCAGCUCGAGCUGUGGUCCGAGACAUACUAAGAUCGCCUCCCUUCCUAACCGAAAACUCCAAAAUCGCUUUCUUGUUCUUGACUCCUGGUACUUUACCAUUUGAGAAGCUUUGGGAUGAAUUUUUCAAGGGUCAUGAAGGGAAGUUCUCGAUUUAUAUACACCCGUCAAAGGAACGACCGGUUCACAUAAGCCGUCACUUUUCUGAUCGGGAAAUCCAUAGUGAUGAGGUCACUUGGGGAAGGAUUUCAAUGGUUGAUGCCGAAAAGAGGUUACUCGUUAACGCUCUUGAAGAUCCCGACAACCAACACUUUGUUCUUCUUUCGGAGAGUUGUAUACCGUUGCAUACUUUUGACUACACCUAUAGAUAUUUGCUCUAUUCCAACAUCAGCUUCAUUGAGAGCUUUGUAGAUCCUGGUCCACAUGGAACCGGUAGACACAUGGAUCACAUGUUACCCGAAAUCUCCAGGGACGAUUUUAGAAAGGGUGCUCAGUGGUUCACAAUGAAGCGACAACAUGCGAUUAUAGUGAUGGCUGAUGGUCUCUACUACUCGAGAUUCCGCGAGUAUUGUGGACCCGGGAUAGAGGCUGACAAGAAUUGUAUUGCAGAUGAACAUUACUUGCCAACAUUCUUUAGUAUGAUUGAUCCCAUGGGGAUCUCGAACUGGUCAGUGACGUAUGUUGAUUGGUCUGAACGAAGGUGGCAUCCAAAGACCUACGGAGCACACGAGGUUUCAUUGGAGUUCUUGAAAAAUGUCACAUCCGAGGACAUGAGUAUACACGUCACAAGUGUGGGUGAGCAUGGAGAUGAGCUGCAUUGGCCUUGUACAUGGAACGGAAUUACGCGGCCUUGUUAUCUGUUUGCAAGGAAGUUCCAUCCCGAUGCUCUCGAUACAUUGGUUAACCUCUUCCCAAACUACACAAGCAUAGUUGUCUGA